AUGAAUACCUUCACUGCAAUCUUCAUGUGGUGGCUGGUCUACUUUGGACCUGGAGAUGUUGCCUUCAACUUGUACAAAAUAAAGCCAGUGCAAAUUUUGCUAAUGGCAGCCAGAGAAACGAGACGGUGCAAAAAGAUCCUGUGGGCUGUAAGUUCUGCUGCAGCUAUCUUUGAAGGGCAGUGGAUUCCUCUUGUCCUAGUUGGCGCACUUGGUGGCUGUUCAGGAAAGUUUCUUCAAACUACUGAAGAGUCAGUGAGGAAGCACUCAGCUGAGAUGAGUAGAGGAGAGUUCUUGCAGAUAUCCUUUGUCACCAAGGCAUCACUGCUCAUUUCAGGAAUUCUUUCCAUGAUCCAAAUUGGAUUGAUACCUCUGACGAUUGCGCAAGGUCUCUUCUUCUGCUCUGCAAUGCUUGUUUGUGUUAACCUUGGCAUGAGUCUGGCUGGCCUGCCAGACCCAUUCCAUCCUAUAGCCAAUGCAACAUGGAAAGUAGUGUCAAUUGCAACAAAAGAACCGGCCAAGGAGUCAGCCUCAAAGGUCGCUGAUGAAGACAUGAAGAAAGACAACUAG